GAUCGAUGACAAGUGUGCGUUCGCCAUUUUAAUGUCACUGUCACAGUAGAAAGGACUCUUAUUCACAAAGUUUCCUGUAGGUGUGAACAGCUUUUUCGACGGACGAGGAGCAGGUGACUGUCACAAAGUUCUUAUUCCAAAUAGUUGUACCAAGUGAACAAAGUGGAUUUAUUGGGAGGCUUAAAGAAAUAGACCACUGAACGGACACACUUCCUGCACUGAAACACCUAGCGGAAUGGGAAAUGUGGUUGGGAUUGUCGCAGGCUUGUUUGCUACUGCUGUUGUCAUAGUGUUCGUGGUCAUCAUUGUCAGAUCCGUGGUGAGGUGUAUGAAAUCUGGACCCGAACGUGGAGGAACAACUGUUCAUGUUAUCCGGCCUGCUACUCCCGCGCCUGUACCAGUAGCUACAAUUAUAACACAGACCAGCACGACCACCAGCACUGCGUGUAUUCAACCUCCAAUGCAUGCCGCACCAGGGGGGUACGUAGGACCGGGGAUUGCACCCCCUGGAAUGAUACAGAGACCCCCACCGGGGCAUCCACCAUCGGCGUGGUCCUCAGGACCGGGCUUCCGAGGACCUCAGCCGGGGUCGUUUUAUGGCGGACCGCCACAUCACCAGCCUCCUCCUCCUCCUCCUCCUCCGUAUACCGCAGGACACCAGAGACACCCGUAUUCGCCCCCCACAGUGCCCCCCUUUCAAAGCGGCGCCUUUUCAGGUUACCCUCCUCCGUGCUCGCAGAUGUACUAGGCGCCAGGACAACCUGAUGCAAUCACCGCUGGUGCAAUCUUCCCAAGAACAAUAUAAUUUAACAUUCAUCAGUUUUUUUUUUUAUCAAAACGAAAAAAAUUAUAUAAAAUAACUCAUCUCAUCUCAUACAGCCUUCUCUAAGGCCCUUUCACAUCGAGUGGUUUACUUUACCCCUACGUUCUGCAGUCUAGGUCAGUGGCCAGAUUUGAAAAAUUUGCAUUUAAACUGUUUACGACUGAAUAUUGAAUUUUCGAAAGCUGUCGGAAGUGGACCAACUAAGAAACUAUUACAAUUGUUCGUA